GACACAGCGACACUGCAUCUAUGUUCUCUCACUCCAGCGCUAUGGCCAAACAGGAAGCGCCCGCACCUCUGAAAUCUCUCAACUCGGAUAAUCCAACAUACAUCACUUUUAUUAAUAAAUCUAGACGGAAUGCCGAAGCAUGGUGGCUAGACUUCGAGGGGAAGCCGGUGUCUUACGGCGCCAUACAGCCGAGGAGAUCGCUUCAGAUGAAAACCUUUUUGACUCAUCCGUGGAUCUUCAGAGCAUCUGACGGAGCUAAAAUGCUGGUGAACCUCAGUGAAGUUUACUUCCCAACUCCUGUGCAGUAUGAGGUGUUCGGAUACCCGAGGUAUCAGCCGGUCUAUGUGACUGCACCAGUGUACUCAUUACAAGAAUACUGCAUACGGUUAAUCAGGAGUAUGGUGAGAAAAGAAGACAUCUGCAAGCUGGAAAUCCCCGAGGGGUUGAGAAAGGAGCUCAGCCGUGACCCUGAUCUACUGAGAGACAUUCAGAUUUUAGAUGCCAAAAGAGCAAUAAAUGGUUCAAACUGACCGAUUUCAAUCAAACAGAAGCAGAACUCAUUUAUGAUGUCAUGUUAAAGUGAAAGUAUGCAGAAGCUCAUACUUUCACUUUGAACAUGUGGAAAAACUUAUCACUUUUAUCUUUAUUAUUCUGUGUUAUUUUAUGCAAUGACAGGGCAUCUGCACUUUUGUUAUAUUUCCUCGACCAAUCAGAUUCGAGGAUGGUAACUUACUGUUGUACAUGAAAACAACAAAUAUGGGUUAAAGUAAUUUAAUUUUUUACACCAAAAACAUUACAUUUUAUGACAUCUUAGUUUUUAUAUAUGACCAUUUUGUCCUUAAAAAAUCAAUGACAGCAAUUUAUGUUUUAUGAUAAGAAUUAUUAUUAUAUUUUUUUUAUUAUUAUGAAUACUGCAUUUUGUAUACAGACAUAUAGAGGUCCCUGAAUAUUAUGUUCUCAAUUAUUUUGUAUUUUUUGGUUCAUUAAAUGAGCAGACUGACAUAAUGGAAAAUAUUUUGAUACAUUUGAAACUGACUGCAUGCUGCUUUAACAUUGUUUAGUGAAUGUUAUAUUGUGACACCAAAAACUGCUGCAAGUAAAACUGUUUAACUACA